CGAUGCGUUCCGCAUAACCGGAACGCAUAACCCUGCUAAUUCUUAUGGUCAAAAAGAUCUCAUCUAAUCCAAUUGGGUCAAGUAAUGGGCUGCAACACUUAGCAUUUUUGUAACUGGGCUCAAGUCAGUUAAUCAGGCCUAAUCAUGUAGAGCUUUCCACCUCGACCAUUCAAUUUCAAAUGGUCGUCAUAUGACGUUUGGCUUUCUAAUGACACAAGCACGAAUCAUGCUCAUCAUUACUCAUUAGGAUAACGUUAACAAUGUACCAACUAUACUUUAUACUAGAGACAAAGUUAAACGUAGUAAUCAUAUAAUCUUUCCUUGGAAGCCUAGGUGAUACUACUUUCGUGAUGCUUUUUAACCACAGUACCAAAUCAUUUUCCUUUUCAAUAAAAUACACAAAUUAGACAGUCUCGUAACUUAACAAGUAACUCCAUAUAUAUGUAAAUUGUGUAUAAACGACUUUAUACGAAUACUCCAUGUUAAGUUGUCCAUCCUUGUAUUGUGUUGUGGUCUACAGUAUCAAAGAAAUUAAAUCAAAAGAAAUAGCCUUACCAAAACGUUAUAAAUAUAAUUAAUACCCACAACGUCUUCUACUUAACCGUUAAUUAAAAUAAUGUAUAUAUGUCUGUUAGGAAGUUUGGUCAUUCGAUCUUUAAUUAAUUUAAAAUAAAUUCACACUUCUGAUUACUAUUCGUAAUGGAGACAAAAAUGUUUAUAAUAAAAAAACUUAGGUGAAGGUUGCUGUAACCAUUGGGCUAACUGAUCUCAACCACAGCCACUUGAAGACAAAUAAUUCGUACAAAUAUAUAAUUACAUUGCAAUAAUUAUACUAGAUGCGUUUUAUUACCUCUUAUGAUUCUAAGCAAAGUUUGUCGCUCUGUAAGCAAGCCGAGAGAUACUAGUUAUUUGUACACUUAUAAGUUUUAUCAGUCUACCACAGAAGUUGAAGCAUCUCGUUAAUUGUUUCGUUUUAAAGUAAUACGAUUGUUCUCGGAGGUAGAAGCACUAAUGACGUUGACGAGAUACCAGAUACGGAACGAGUACGGCUUGGCGGAUAAGGAGCUCUACAGCGAUAAGGAAGAUGCUGAAGUUUUGCUCGAAGGUUCAUCAAUGGCUGGACUCGUCGGCCUUUUGCGCCAGCUUGGCGACCUCGCUGAGUUUGCUGGUGAAGUGUUCCAUAACCUGCAUGAAGAACUAAUGACAACUUCAGCACGAGGACAAGGUUUGGCAAUUCGUCUUCAACAGCUUGAAGCACAAGUUCCUAAUUCGGUUGAGAUACCUAUUUUGUCUCAAACCGAUCAUUCAACUUUCUUUUACGAUCCAGGAUUGGAAUGGCAUUCUACUUUGAAAACAGAAGAACAUCUAAUUUAUCCACACAAGUUGCCUCAUUGUAUAAUUGAUUCAUAUGAGGAAUGUCGUGGUCCGCCCCAGCUCUACCUUCUUGACAAGUUUGAUGUUGAUGGGUCUGGAUCAUGCUUGAAGCGUUACUCUGACCCAUCUUUGUUAAAGAAGCUUACUGCAUCACAACUCAGCAAAGAUGAGAGACCAAUCAAACCAAAGAAGAAAGCAUCACACAUUAGUAAUGGAGAGAGAACACUUGGGGAUUCACAAACAUCACAUGCUAAGUUGAAUCAGCUCUUCUUAAUGGACCAUGCUGAAGAUCCAGAAAUUACAGUUAAACUAAAGAGAAGACAUCUGAAUGGACCUCCUCCAAUUAACUCAAGCUCUGGGACAGGUUACAUGGAGAAGUUCCUGAAGAAUUCUUUGCCCUACUGUGAAAGAGUUCAUGAGACACUGGAUCAGUCAUCUUCAGCAAUGGAAACUGAUGAAGUUGCAACAUGCAACGUACGAGUGGACCUGUCAACACCUUCUUUGGUUUAUCCAAACAAUGGAGAGACUAGAAAAGAGAGGGAAAUGGAAGCCAUUGCUGAUGAUGAAAGAGAGGGAGGAGGAGCAAUGGUUUACAAUGACACAGAUGCACCACCUGCUUCCACAGAGACGGAAGCAGACAAGGCUGAUGUGACUCAAACAGGGGUCCUGGCUGCUAAUGUUCUGCACCACUCAACGGAGGAAGGAGCAUCUGAGGGUACCAAAGAUGUUCAAACAAAUGACGGUGAGGAUGAUCAUUCUCAACAUGUUUUUAGUGUGGAGACUGGAUCUGAGAUGUCUUUAACCGGUUUAGUAGAAGACCAGUUCUGUUCCUUAACCAAUCAAGAGACAGAGAAAGAGCCUGAUUGUCUUCUUAUUCAAAACCAGCAUAUUAGCACAUUUGACAACUUUGAAGAUUUAUCUGUGGAUGCUGAUGCAAUACAUGACAGUGCUGUCCCGAAAGAAGAAGAUGAAACCAGCUCACAAGAUGGAUAUUCCGUGAAUACCGAACACGAACACGCUGGACACGCUUCAACUUUUGAAACUCUGAUGUUAGAUACUCCGAGAGAUGUUCAAACAGGAAACAUAACCCCCUCGGCCUCAUAUUGGCAAGAAGACGCAUUAGCCAACUCUGAUCUAGCUGAGAUAUCAUCAUAUUCUGGAAAAGAGGAUCCACAAAACAUGCCUAUUAUUGCAGCUGGGAGUAGUGAUGGUACUGAUACUCAAAGAGAUGGUGCGGGUGAUAACCAUACUAGCCUGAAUGAUAAGGCCAGUGAGACCGUCCCCGAAGUAGCCUUAGAAGUAGAUCCAGAAGAGUGUCUUUUAGGUACUCAAGAAUGUUUGUCACCUGAGUAUUACAUACAGACACAUAGCCAAGGAGGGCAAGAGAGUCUAUCUGAAACAGACUCAGAAAAUACAACAGCAGAAGCAGCAGCCGAGUCUCUUCCUCCACAAGAUGUUCCUCUUGGUGUUCAGUAUUCAACUUCAGAGGAAACACUAACAUGCAACGAAAAUGAAGCUGAAGUAGAAGCUCUUAAUGCACCACACCAAGGAGAUAUCACAUCACUAAAUGGUAAUAUCCCUGAGUCUGUUCUCUCCAUGGAUCCGACUGAUCAAGAAAAUUGCUUGGAUGUGCCCAUGGCUCCCUUCUCCACGUCCCUCCAUGUAACACCUAUGGAAGAUCUUGAAAUAACGCCUCCUCUCCCGCCUCUCCCUCCAACACAAUGGUGGAUGGGGAAGCUGGUUGAUUCUGUCAAAACAACAGAAACUCAGUUCUCUCCAGUGCCAUCACUUGGGAACAACAGUUUCUACAUUCACAGGGAUGAGAAGAUACAUAAUGGAUUAGUUCAAGGGACCGAGGCACUAGAUCAGUCAGAAGCCUCAGUUACCGCAGAUGAAAGCCACAAUACUGAUGUUGAUCCAGUUGAAGCAGUGUUAACUUCAGCAAAAACUACUCUGAAUGAACCAUCUAAAGCAACCGAGGAGGAACAGUCUCCUUCAGAAUCAGUUGCUUGGGAGUCACUACUCACACCGGAAGCUACACCAGAGGCAGAAUCAACCGAAGGCUUAGAAGCACUUGAGUGGUUUAGUCAGAACUUAAAAGAGCAUACCAAUCCUAACCUUACAAAGCUAGAAGAGGAACCUCAGCUUGAUCAUCCACUAGAACCACCAGGAGAAACAGAAGGAGAUAAUAAAUCAUAUGAAUAUAAUGAGAAAGUUGAGAAGCUUCCAAGAGACAAGGAGUCUCUUGUUCUUGGCAUCGAUAGAAGCAUGUUGAGGAAGGUGUCUGAAAGAAACAGGACACAACUUGGAGCUCGAGUGGAUGAGAAUGAUUCACUACUGGAGAUCAUACGCAGCAAGUCAUUCAACUUGAGACCAGCAGAUGCAUCGGUGAGACACAACUUUCAAGUAGCUGCUCCCAUAACCAACUUGAAGGUCGCUGCAAUUCUAGAGAAAGCCAAUAGUCUUCGCCAUGCAAUGGCGGGAAGCGACGACGACCACGAUUCAGAUAGCUGGAGUGAGUGAAUGAGUCUCCAUGCAUGUAACCUGUAGAGGACAUAUUGAUCAUACACAUACACAAUACAUUUUUGUAAUUUGUAUAGAAGAAGUGUUAACUUCUUCUCAGAUUGUAUUUUUUUUUUUUGGUAUCUCGUAAUGUUUUUAUUGCUCUCUUUCACACAUAUGCAAUGUAUGUCACUCUCAGUUUUUUACUUUCUUUAUUGAAAAUUUUCAGUUAAUGAA